CAUGAUGUUGCAAUAUGUUUCACUGUGUACGAACAGUAUUUAAGGAUAUACAUUCCUGGUUGUACAUAUGUAGCAGGCGCAGAGUGAGUGCACCGGCUGGCAGCUGUUGAACGGCCCCGCCAUGUCUGAGGACGAAGUAACCAACAUCGACCAGAUCGAGCUGGCAUCACUCACCGACGAUUUCACUCGUGGUCAGGUGAAGAAGUUUGCUAGUACAGAUUUCGCAUCAAACAUAGAGUCGCUGCUAUCUCAGAUCCAAAACCCCUCUAUAAGGUCGAACAUUCGCGUCCAUGCAUCGAGCUUCGACGCGAUCAUGGAAUUGUCACAGCUACGGUGGAAUGCCUUCGCGCCUACUACAGGCCUUGCUCUACUAGGUGGCUUCCUUUAUACCGCAAUCCACUUAUCGGUGCGACAAGCAGAAGCGGAUGGACAUUCGAAAGCAUGCUUCGAGGCUGUUAUCGAGAAACUCCGGCGGUGCAACGAUCUAGGCACAGAAUUCUACUCUCGGUGUUCAGAUCCCGCUUUGCCUGAAAACUACAAGAAGGAACGACUCGAACAGGCAUACCGUUUGCUACUAUCCUUUACUAGCUCCAUCGUCAAGACCCUUGAACACGCUACCCCGCUAGUCUCUCUGGACGAUGCGCGAUGGGAUAACAUCGCCCAACACGAAACAAGCUGCACCAGAUACCUUGAGGAGUCAACCAUUUUCCUUUCCAAUGUACUGGACAAGGAGAAAGCCCACAAAGACGACCCAUCUCUGAACCAGGAACCGCCCGAUCGCGACCCUCCCGUACACGUUUUGCCGAAACGACUCGCCAGAUUCUUUGGUCGGGAUAAGGAGUUGAAGGAUAUUUCUGAAAGACUAAACAAACACAACAGUGUGACGCUUCGUGGUAUUGCUGGAGUUGGGAAGACAUCUGUGGCAUUGCAGUUUGCAUACCAAUCUCUGUCAGACUACAGAGUGAUCAUCUGGAUCAGGUGCGAACCUUCAGGUGAACUGGCCCAUUCAUGCCAGGAAGCGCUCCGCCGCCUUGGCGCGAUUGAUGAAGGCCAGAAGCAGGUCCCAGAGAUCAGAAAGAUCUGGCAAGCUUAUUUCGCCAAGUUAUCGUUCCGAUGGCUGGUGAUAUUCGACAAUGUGGUGGAAAAACGUGACGUCGAGCCGUUCUGGCCCCAGGGGCAUGGGAAGAUCCUAGUAACCACACAGAAGCGGGAUAUCGCCUUUCGAUUGACUGACUACGAGAUCGAAAUCAACCCUUUCGCUACUGAGGAAGGUAGAGACUGCAUCAUGGAUCUAUUGGCAUGGCCAGGAGGUGUCCCAGCGGACGCAGAAUCCGCCGCAAAACUGAACGAAGAACUCGGUGGUCUUCCACUCGGCAUAUUGCAAAUGACUUCAGUGAUACGAGAUCGAAAAUCGACCGUCCAAGACUUCCUGCGCUUGUACGAGAAGAACAAGGUUAGAUAUCACGCUAAAGAGACUGAGAUCGAAGGCAUUGCACCCAAAUCAGACCCAAGGAUAGCGACAAAUUGGCAACUCCCCUUCGAUCUCCUUGAAGAUGACCACAAGUCUUUGCUGGGUAUUCUCAGUCUACUUUCCGCUAGCACAAUACCAGAGACUCUUUUCAAACACUGGGACGAAUGUGAGGGUCGAUCUACUUCUGGGCUUCUGGACUUCUGUGAUGACGAAGACGACUUCAUGGAGGUUGAGGAAAAGUUAUUCAAGCUCUCUUUGGUGGACAAGGAUCCAGCUACAGCGAUGCUGAGCUUGCAUCGACUAGAGCAAUCUCAGUUUGAGAUCUAUAUGGACGCCCCGACCCGCCAAGUCGCUUUUGAUCGAGCAGCCAAGCUUCUUCACGACGUCUUUCCGAAAGAGCAUAUUGGUCAGCGGUUUACGGGCAAGUGGGACGACUGCAAUCUGUACAUCCAGCAUGCCAACGUACUUAACUCGCAUUAUCUCAAGGUCGACAAGAAAACCCCCAAGUACAAGGCAAGUCCAGAAUUUGCCAAGUUGAUGGCCUGGUGUUCCUGGUACCUGUUUGAGAUCGCGGAUUAUCCCAACUUCGAAGUAGCCCUCUGUGGUGGGAGAAAGGCAUGUAAAGAAGCCGGCACCGCAGCGUUCGAUGACUCAACAUGGGCGUUGUUGAAUUAUAACGCAGGCACAGUUGAAACUUCUCGAGGCAUGUUCAAGAAGGCUAAAGAGUCACUCGACGAAUCGUUGAAAGUGCGCAGAAAUCUCGACAACGACGAUGACGUUGCCGCAACACUGAACAACUUGGGUAUUCUCCAUAGUUCCAUGGGUGAGUUUGAUAUUGCUGAGCAGUACUUCACAGAAGCUCUGGCGAUACACGAAACCAGACACGACACAGAAGACCGUAAACUAUCUAUGACAAUGGUUAAGCAUAAUCUGCUGAGAACGACCAUCCAGAGCGGCAAGGAUCUACCAUCUGUAGAAGACGUUCAAAGUACGAUAGAUAUUUUCCAUACAACAAUAAGUUGGUGGAUGACCGGGCACUCCUAUCUUCCUCUCGGUAAUCUGUAUCUCCAGCUUGGAGAAUAUGAGAAGGCGACAAUAGCAUUCACCGCCGCGCGCGACAUCUUGAGUGCACCAGGCAGAGCCGCCUCGCAGCCUGCCACUGCGAUGACAAUCUAUAAACUCGGUCGCGUAGCAUAUGUGACACAAAAUCUGGACAAAGCUGCAGAUUACUUUCGAGAAUCUAUUAUGAUCUCACAAGAAUAUCCGCUUAUACCUGCUGAGGAGGCGCGAACUCAAUUCAUGCUUCUGAAGGCGUUGGACGAGGGCGCCAAUUCUAUUCGCCCGAAUGAGGAAGAAGAGGUUAGGCAGAGAUUCUCCACUCUUAUGAAAUUGUAUUAUGAUUCAGUUGAAGCAAGAGAUCCAGCGCCUGUAGUUGAGCUUGCACAACUCGAUGUCUGUAUCACCGCGAAGUAUCAGUAGGACACAGAAUGGAAAUUUGAAGAAAGAGUCCUUUCUCCAUACUUUUUCCUUGAUUUAACAUGAAACUCUCAAUCACCGCUGGUAGACAGUAGACGAAGGGAAGUCAAAAUCACGAUACAAUAUGUUCAAUCGCACCAGUCUAAGAAGA